AUGUCAUUUCAAAAAUUAGGUGUAGCAAAAUGGCUUUCCGAAUCCCUAGAGGCAAUGAAGAUUCAUAAACCAACUACAAUUCAACAAGAAUGUAUACCACCAAUUUUAAAAGGUCAAGAUUGUAUAGGUGGAGCUAAAACUGGUUCAGGUAAAACUAUUGCAUUUGCAGCACCAAUGUUAACUCAAUGGUCAGAAGAUCCAUUUGGAAUCUUUGGAUUAAUUUUAACUCCAACAAGGGAAUUAGCAUUACAAAUAGCUGAACAAUUUACUGCAUUAGGUGCAUCAAUGAAUAUUAAAGUAGCUGUUGUAGUUGGUGGUGAAGAUUUUAUAAAACAAACAUUAGAAUUACAAAAGAAACCACAUUUUGUUAUUGCAACACCAGGAAGAUUAGCAGAUCAUAUUUUAAAUAGUGGAGAAGAAACUAUAAGUGGAUUAAGAAGAAUACGAUAUUUAGUAUUAGAUGAAGCAGAUAGAUUAUUAAGUGAUAGUUUUAGUAGUGAUUUAGAAAGAUGUUUUGAAAUUUUACCACCAAGUGAUAAAAGACAAACUUUAUUAUUCACAGCUACUGUUACUGAUUCAGUAAAAGCAUUAAAAGAUAAACCACAAUCACCAGGGAAAUUACCUGUUUUUUUACAUGAAGUUGAAACAAUUGAUAAAGUAGCUAUACCGAAUACAUUGUCGAUAAAAUAUGUAUUUGUACCAUCAUAUGUUAAAGAAGCUUAUUUACAUAGUAUUUUAUUAGUAUCAAAAUAUAAAGAAUCAACAAUAGUUGUAUUUGUUAAUCGAACAACAACAGCAGAAGUAUUAAGAAGAUCUUUAAGAAAAUUAGAAUUUAGAGUAACUUCAUUACAUUCUCAAAUGCCACAAUCAGAAAGAACAAAUUCAUUACAUAGAUUUAAAGCAGGAGCUGCUAGAAUUCUAAUUGCAACUGAUGUAGCAUCAAGAGGUUUAGAUAUUCCAACAGUUGAAUUAGUUAUAAAUUUCGAUAUACCAGCAGAUUCAGAUGAUUUUAUUCAUAGAGUUGGUAGAACAGCAAGAGCUGGUAAAAAAGGUGACGCAAUAAGUAUAAUAAGUGAAAAAGAUAUUGAAAGAAUUCAAAAAAUUGAAGAAAGAAUUAAUAAAAAAAUGGAAAUUUUAGAAGAAAUUAAUGAUGAUAAUGUCAUUAAAAAUUCUUUAAAUCUUAUAACUACUGCUAAAAGAGAAUCUUUAUCGGAAAUGGAAAGAGAAAAUUUUGGUGAAAAAAGGAAAAUAAAUAAAAGGAAAAAUGAAAAAUUGGAAUCAAAGAAAUCUAAAAAGUCUAAAUCUUAA